CCCGCACUCGGAGGCGCCGCCGGUCGUCGUACGUUUCGCUUUCGUCGAGCAUUGUCCUACCCCGAUGGUACGCCGGGCGGUCGGGGGGUGGCGGUGAGUCCCGGCGCGAGCCGUCCUCCCUGCCGAGGAUCUCGUCCUGGCGACGACGCUCCCGAGUCAUUUCUACCUGGGAAUACGCGACGGGCGAUAUUGGGGGUCGUGCCGCCGUCGCCAUAUUGCUGAGGCACGACCACCCCGAAGCGCGUUUUCGCAACGCGGUGCGGUGCAACGAUAUACGGUGCGGGUUGGUGCAAUGUGGUGGAUGCCUCGUACGUUUCGGAAUUGUUUUUUGACAAUGGCUGCCGGUGGCGAUGUCGCGCGAUAACCCCGGCAACGCCGAGGGUCACCCGUUCGUUUUCCUUCACGCUAGUGGCUGCGUGGGUCGUUGAACCAGGGAUGUGAGCUACUGAAGGUGGGAUCCUGAGGAACCGCGAGGUUCUCGCAAUGGAGGCGGGACCAAAGCAGCAGCAGCAGCCGCCGCAACAGCAACAGCCCCAGCAACAGCAGCAGCAGCAGCAGCAUUCGCCUCAGCAGCAACAGCAGCAGCAGCAGGAGAGCUCACCCGGCAGUGCGAGCUCUCAGUCUCAGAUCCAGGGAACCAUCGGUCCUCAAGGUGGCCCGGCGCAGGGUCAAGGUCAGCAGAAUGCGGAGGACGCGCUCGCGGCGGAGAACACCCCCGUCGGCGAGGGCGUGCUCCUCGCUCGGAUCCACGUGCCUGAGCUCUACGUCAGCAAGUGUCUGCAGUUCCCGAAGGAUCAGCUGGUCUGGGACGUGAAGCAGCAAUGCCUGGCGUCCUUGCCCAAGGAGGUACAGCACAGAGAACCCCCGAUAUAUAUACCCCCGUUAAGUCCUUCACCCAAAAACGACCAAUUGCUUACUCGACAUUUUCGUUUUCUUCGCUUCACCCUUCGUUUUAGUUUUCCCUCGCAAAUCUCAUCGAUCUGUCGAGUCUGCGAAUAACUUCUUUAAUUCUUUCACGUUCCAUCAAAUCGAAUUUAUAAACUUUUUUGUAUAAUAGCAGAGAUAUAUUAUACGUUCUAGAUAUAUCAGGUACGUGAAGGAGACUUAAAGCGAUUUAAAUACACGGUACCAGUACACGGUUCGUCGAUUGUAUUAUACACGACGAUUGUGUGUCUUGCAUGAAAAGAGAACAUGUAUUGGUACCGGUCCAAUCCCGUCCCAGUAUUUUCCCCAGAGUUUGAUUUGUACUUAAUGUUUUUACUUUUAGUUCUAUAUACUCAUUGAAAUAUUUAUGCGCUGCAUUCUCAGGAUGAAUUCGUCAACAAUCUCCUGAACCACUUAAAUAAUAAAAUAUUAACGUACUAAUAGAUGAUGUAUUAUAAUUAUUGUGUAUUAUAAUUACUAUAUAUAUUGCGAAGAAAGGAAUGUUUAUCAUGCGAUUACGUCCAACUCAUCCUGGGACAGCGUCUUACGACAUGUACGUGCACCUGUAUUAUUCAUACGUUUUUUUUUUUUUAUUCAUGUGUAUAGAUUUAUAUAUACGUAUAUUUGUCUCGCGAUGCGCGUGAUCGCCAAUGAUCGUGCAUUUUCUGACCUGUGCUGUUGUUGUUGUUGUUGUUUUUGCUUUUGCCUCACCCUGCACGGGGGCGAAAUACACUCUACACCCGCCACCAACCACCAACCGCCACACCUGUGCUACUAUCGUCUCGUGUUGUGGGGGCCCUAUCUACGAACGCGCGUACCACCCCCUUAACGAACGAACGAAUAUCGCAAAUGCCACGCGCGAAAAAAAACCGCGCCUCUCGCGGGCCCUUCAUCACCCACUCCACUUCCGGUUGUGUUACGGAUAAACCGCCAACACCGCUUCUCCAUCCCUUUCGAGCGUCUCGCAGGUGGCCACUUGGUACAGGGUACGUCUUCACUAUUACUAAUAGCAUGCGACCACGCCUUUCGUUCCUCGUCGAUCGGUUUCACUCCCCCUUUUGUAUUUGCCGUUUCGCGCCGAUUCGCAUGGCGAAAUGAGAGAAUCCUGCGACGAUUUAAAAAAGGGAAUGAUACUUUUAUUACAAUACAUUUAUUAUUAUUCACUCAGAAACGAGAUCUUCAGUUUUUAAAUGUUCAGUAGAAUUGUUUUGAUUAAUAAUGAUAUUCACAG